AUGCCAUUGUCUUCCCAGCGCAGCACAGUAGAGGCUGCUGACGUGGCAGAUGUGCGCGAGAGGCUGCAGGCGAAGCUGGGCCAGGCCGGGCUGCUGGGCGCCUCGUGGCGUGGUUUGAGGAGUGACGACGAGCAAAGGAAGGAGGAGGUACGUUCGGAGGGAGUGAAGGAGCUGGGCUGUUUGAUACUUCUCUCGUUUGUUGCCCCUUCCCCCUCUCCCACCCACCUGCUCCCACAUUCAUCCUCUCUUUUCCUCCCCACUCUCCCCCCUGUCCCUCCCCACUCCACUCUCCCCCCCUUCCCUCCCCUCCCCAAUCUCCUCCCCUUCUGUCCCCAUCUUGGCCCCUUCCCUCCCCACCCUUCCCUCUUUCCCCUCCCCCAGCUCUCUGAUUGGCUUAUCACCGGCCCAGGCUCUCCCCUCAAUCCCCGUGACUACCAACUUACCCCCACCUGUGCUGCGCAGUGCAAUGCAGUGGAGACCGUUAGAGACAUGUUCCUCUCCUUUCCUGAGGAGUUGCGUGCAAAAAAGGUAGGUGGGAUUUGA